UGUUUUAUUUUAUCAUGUGAUCAAUUGACUUAUUGCUUAUUGCAAACAGAAAACAAAGAUGGCGGUUGCAUUUAUUCCUCCACCUGUUCUAACCAGCUCUGUCCUCCCUCUCCAGGAUCUGGUGUCUUUAUCUGUCAAAGAUGGUCAAUAUGAUGCCAGAGCGAGAGUCCUGAUCCGGCAUGUGAGCUGUUUGCUGCGAGUGUCUCCUCAGCAGCUGGAGGAGUAUGAGGAGACGCUGGGAGAGAGGCUGAGGGAGGCAGGAGAGGAGAGCGAAGAGGAGUCGUCCCGCCGCCGGAGGAGAGAACGAGGACGAAAGCUGAGACGCUACCUCCUGAUUGGUUUGGCCACCGUGGGGGGAGGGACUGUGAUCGGUGUGACAGGUGGACUGGCGGCUCCGCUGGUAGCAGCCGGGGCCGGUGCCUUGCUGGGGGCCGGAGGGGCCGCGGCUCUGGGCUCAGCUGCUGGUAUUGCUAUAAUGGCCUCUCUGUUUGGAGCUGCUGGAGCUGGACUGACCGGAUAUAAAAUGAAUAAGUGUGUUGGGGCUAUAGAAGAGUUUGAAUUUCGACCAAUGAGCUCUGGGAAGCAUCUGCACCUGACCAUUGCUGUGACCGGUUGGCUCUGCAGUGGGAAAUACAGUUCGUUCCAGGCCCCAUGGUCCAGCCUGGGGGAAUGUGGUGAGCAGUACUGCCUGGUGUGGGAGUCGCACUUCCUCCGGGACCUGGGCUCCGCCAUGACCUCUCUGCUGGACGGGCUGGUCAGCAUGGUGGCUCAGGAAGCCCUGAAGUACACCGUGCUCUCAGGCAUCGUGACGGCUCUGACGUGGCCCGCAUCUUUGCUAGCAGCGGCCAGCGUCAUCGACAACCCCUGGUGUGUUUGUCUGAACCGCUCGGCUGAGGUGGGCAAACACCUGGCUCAGGUGCUGAGGAGCAGGCAGCAGGUAGGCCCACCUGUCAUCCUCUCAGGACUCAGUCUAAGCAGCUGUACAGCUGUCGUGAGGUAAAGGGGUGAAAAGUGAUGACAA